GCGGUAAAACCCGGAUGGGUAAGGAUCCUUUUUCUCCACUACGGUGAUUCUUACCCAAUCAUGUCCGGGGCAUGACAGGCACCGCCAACGCAAAUCAAAUCAAUGCCUCCGCAUCGGGACAGCUCCCGUAUCAUGGACGAGUAUUCCAAUAGCACGAAGGAGCUAGGACGUGAGUGUUACCGACUGGGGGUGGUAUCCAAUCAUAGGCGGGGCAUGACAGGCUCUCCAGGUAAGCCAAUGCCACUGAACCCCACUCCGUGACCAGAUCUCCGACAGGACGAAACGGUAAGUGGUAGCAAGGCAAUUCCGCGAUGGUCUGGGCGACCCUGCCCAGCCAUUGAAAAGCUGACAGUUUCCUACAGACAAAAGUGCGAGCCAUAGACAUUUGACAUACCUAUCAAGAUUCCAAGACCCGUUCGUUAUAUUUGAAAAGUUACUCGGCACCUUCCACUACCAUAACAAUGGCUAUGGCAUGCAGCAUAUCGGCUCCAGAACAUCAACCGGGAAGCAUGACGCGCGAAGAAGUCCUCAAGUUGAUGAAGGAAGUUAGCAGCGUUGCCAAACAGGACUUUGUUCUCAUUGAUUUACGACGCAAUGACCAUGAAGGCGGGACGAUUCGUGGUUCCAUCAACCUCCCUGCCCAAAGCUUAUAUCCCACAAUCCCCAAGCUUUACGGUGUGUUCAAGGCCGCGGGUUUGCGCAACAUAAUUUGGUAUUGCUCUUCGUCACGUGGGCGCGGUACGCGAGCUGCUGGUUGGUUCGGUGACUACAUCGCCAAUCGCGGCGACAGCGAGAUGAGAAGCUUGGUUUUGUUGGAAGGAAUCAAGGGCUGGGCAACGGCGGGCGGCGAAUUUAUGGAGUGGAUGGACGAAUAUGAACCCGCCGUCUGGUCUGUUAAAUGACCUACUAUGAAAUGCUAUAUCGUUAAUUCAUUUAUUUGUUAUUCUGUUA